UGCCCCCAGCUUCCACGCGCGGCGCCAUGGCCGGCAGGGGCCCCGAGGACGAGCACCCGUCCGUGGCACUCUUCCGCCGGUACCUGCGCAUCCGCACCGUCCAGCCGGAGCCCGACUACGGGGCCGCUGUCGCCUUCCUCGAGGAGAGAGCCCACCAACUGGGCCUGGGCUGUCAGAAAGUGGAGGUGGCACCUGGCCGUGUAGUGACCGUGCUGACCUGGCCAGGCAGCAACCCCAAACUUUCCUCCAUCUUGCUCAACUCCCACACGGAUGUGGUACCUGUCUUCAAGGAAUACUGGAGUCAUGACCCCUUCGAGGCCUUCAAGGAUGCCGAUGGCUACAUCUAUGCCAGGGGUGCCCAGGACAUGAAGUGUGUCAGCAUCCAGUACCUGGAGGCUGUGAGGAGGCUGAAGGCUGAGGGCCACCGUUUCCCCAGAACCAUCCACAUGACCUUUGUGCCAGAUGAGGAGAUUGGGGGUCACCGAGGCAUGGAGCUGUUUGUACAGCAGCCCGAGUUCAAGGCCCUCAGGGCUGGCUUUGCCCUGGAUGAGGGCCUGGCCAACCCCACUGACACCUUCAUUGUCUUCUACAGCGAGCGGAGCCCCUGGUGGGUGCGGAUCACAAGCACCGGGAAGCCUGGCCAUGGCUCCGUAUUCAUCGAGGACACCGCCGCAGAGAAGCUGCACAAGGUCAUAGCCUCCAUCCUGGUUUUUCGGGAGAAGGAGAGGCAGAGGCUGCAGGCAAACCCCCACCUGAAGCUGGGCGCUGUGACCUCUGUGAACCUAACUAAGAUAGAGGGCGGCGUGUCCUAUAACGUGGUACCUGCCACCAUGAGCGCUGGCUUUGACUUCCGCGUGGCACCGGAUGUGGAUCUGAAGGCUUUCGAGGAACAGCUUCAGGGCUGGUGCCAGGCAGCUGGCCCGGGGGUCACCUUCGAGUUUGCUCAGAAGUGGACGGAGCCGCAAGUGACAUCUACUGAUGACUCAGACCCCUGGUGGGCAGCAUUCAGUGGGGCCUGCAAGGACAUGAACCUCACUCUGGAGCCCAACAUCUGCCCCGCUGCCACCGACAGCCGCUAUCUCCGCGCGGCGGGUGUCCCAGCUCUGGGCUUCUCCCCCAUGAACCACACACCUGCGCUGCUGCACGACCACGAUGAGCGGCUGCACGAGGCCGUGUUCCUCCGUGGGAUUGACAUAUACACACGGCUGCUGCCUGCCCUGGCCAGUGUGCCCGCCCUGCCCAGCGACAACUGAGCCCACACUCCCCAGCCUCUACCCCUGGAGCUUCCACCCUGACCGGUGCCAAGGACCCCUCUUCUCCCUGCCCCACAAUCAAGUCUGUGUGGACAGAGGCCAUGAAAUACCAA